UUUACCAAUCAUUUAAUAUUUUAGCGAUUUCAGCUAUCACAUACACGGUUAUAGAUUUGUUAUCAGAAAGUGAUAUUUUCCACAAGUGCAUUAUUUAGUGAUAACUUACAGGAUUAUCACUCAAAUUUUAUUUUUGUAAUAUUGACUUUUAAUAAGAGUGCAUCUUUAAAUACUCAUAUUAUUUACAAUACAUAGUACGACAAAGGCAGGGCUGAUACAUGUGAUAUUAUGCAGAUCAGCAAUGGAUUCAAAUGAGAAUUUCGUUGACCCCGCGGCUGCCAGUGGUUUUAAUGCGAAGCAAAAACUAUUUGAGAUAUCCAGUCAGGGCGAACAAAUCCAGAAAAACACUGACAAUGCGAGAAAAGCUACACCUUUAAAAAGAACAGGGGCACACCAAUCGCAAUAUUUUACAGAAUCAUCAGCCGGAGCAACGUUUGAUGAGGAAUUAUCUAAACAAGUGCAUGCUCUUCCAAGAAAAACUUCACAGUAUUUAUCGGAGCACGAUUCAAAAGUAUUUCAAGAACCUCAGUGCCUCAUACGUGCAGGUGCAGGAAAUAAACUAGAAAUCUGUGACAACGUCUUAGAGGAGAUUUCAUGCAUAGACAAACCGUGUGUCAUUGUGGCAGUUGCCGGUCUUUAUAGAACUGGAAAGUCCUUUUUGAUGAAUCUACUUGCAGGCAAACACAAAGGGUUUGCACUUGGCGACACAGUACAGUCAAUGACGAAAGGUAUCUGGGUUUGGUGUAUACUUCAUCCCGACAAAACCGACACAGUUCUCAUGCUUUUAGAUACGGAAGGAUUGGGAGAUCCCGGAAAGGGGGAUGCUAACCACGACAACCGCAUUUUCACACUUGUUACACUGCUGUGCGGCACCCUUGUGUACAACAUGAAAGGCGCGUUUGAUCAGGAUGCUGUGAACAAACUCACAUUUGUGUCUGAAAUGGGCAAAAAUAUCAGAUAUGGGGGUAAAUGUAAUGAGGACAAUAACCUUUUGCACUGUGUUUUGCCCGGGUUUGUGCUCGCAUUGAGAGAUUUUACGCUAAAAAUGAUCAUAGACGGUAGGAAGGUAACACCAGACGAGUACCUUGACGUAAGCCUACAAAAUAAAACAAGAAAAGAUGGUUCUUUCAACAAACCACUGGAAUGCAUCCGAAAAUUCUUUCCGCAGGACAAGCGGAGAUGUUUUGCGUUCCCAGUUCCUGGAGACGGUGAUACUUUGGAAAGCAUCGAUAGCCUUAAGUUACAUGAUCUUUCAAAGACAUUUCAGGGUGUUGCAGCUAAGUUCGUGUCAUACAUCUUCAGUCAGGAACCAAAGCAACUCCAAGUUAGCAAACCAGUCAACGGAUAUAUGUUCGCAUCGCUAACCAAACAGUAUGUGAACGAUCUUUCAAAAGGAGCUGUGCCUGAUGUUGACGAUGCAUUUACAGCAGUUGCUAAACUGGAAAAUGAAAGAGUGAAAAAGGAAUGCCUGGAGAUUUUUCAAUCACGCAUGGAUGAUAUAUUGUUGCCUAUUCCAGCAACGAAGUUUAAUAAGCAUCUUACGGAAGCCCGGUGGUGUGCACUUAAAUAUAUGCGUGAAAAUGCUGUCGAAGAUGUUGCCAAUGCUGUUGAAAAAUAUGCCGAGAUUGAAAUGGAAUUGAUCGGGCAUAAAAAGCAAGGUGAAAACGACGAAGAAAUAGGAAAGCAUUGUACAAAUAAACUUUCAAGUUUAAAGUCCCUCAACGAUUUGAAAACAGAAUUGCAGAACCAGACUUUUGAAGUCCUUGGUGGUUAUAAGAACUUCAAACGAGACGUCGACAUAGUCAAGCAAGAGUAUGAGCAAGCUCUUCGAGAUUAUGAGCACAGAGAGAUAGUAUUUCCCUGGAGUGUUGUUGCCGACUGGCUUGGUGAGGCGGAGAACCGAAUUCUUGAAAAAGACGAUGCACUUUCUGAAGAAGAAAAACAAAUGUUCGCAUCGCUAACCAAACAGUAUGUGAACGAUCUUUCAAAAGGAGCUGUGCCUGAUGUUGACGAUGCAUUUACAGCAGUUGCUAAACUGGAAAAUGAAAGAGUGAAAAAGGAAUGCCUGGAGAUUUUUCAAUCACGCAUGGAUGAUAUAUUGUUGCCUAUUCCAGCAACGAAGUUUAAUAAGCAUCUUACGGAAGCCCGGUGGUGUGCACUUAAAUAUAUGCGUGAAAAUGCUGUCGAAGAUGUUGCCAAUGCUGUUGAAAAAUAUGCCGAGAUUGAAAUGGAAUUGAUCGGGCAUAAAAAGCAAGGUGAAAACGACGAAGAAAUAGGAAAGCAUUGUACAAAUAAACUUUCAAGUUUAAAGUCCCUCAACGAUUUGAAAACAGAAUUGCAGAACCAGACUUUUGAAGUCCUUGGUGGUUAUAAGAACUUCAAACGAGACGUCGACAUAGUCAAGCAAGAGUAUGAGCAAGCUCUUCGAGAUUAUGAGCACAGAGAGAUAGUAUUUCCCUGGAGUGUUGUUGCCGACUGGCUUGGUGAGGCGGAGAACCGAAUUCUUGAAAAAGACGAUGCACUUUCUGAAGAAGAAAAACAAAGAGAGAGAAUGGAAUAUUCAAAUUCAAUUGAACGAAUGAAGGUCGAAAUGGCGGAAGCAAAUCAAACGGCUUUAGAUAAACAAAAGAAUGAGCUAGAGGAGCAACAAAAGGAGCUGAAUGCAGAACGCGAAAGGCUUGAAAAGGAACAUGAACACCAUGUUAAAAUGUUACAGGAAAAGGGAAUGGAAAGUGAAUCAGAUAAGGAACACCAAAACAAAGCACGUGAUCAAAAAAAAGCAAAGCAAAAAGAAGAUCGAGCUAGCGAGUAUGAAAAUACGAUUCAGCGUUUAAGGGACAAAAUAAAGAAAUUAAAGAAGAUGAACAAGGAAAGAAAAGAGAAGAAUAUUUUUUCAAGGGUUUGGAAUGCAAUUUGUAACAUUUGAUAAACCACGUUAUAUGACAAAUCCAGUGUGAAAAUUGCUGACCAGCAAGACGUGAAUAUCACGUAAUUCAUUUUUGAUACUAUUAUGUUUGCAAAACGUGAAACUGAGUUCAUUUAUGUUUUUGUUUUUUGUUUUCAAUUAAAGUAAAGUGUUGGCAAUAUGCAAAUAUACGACGGGAAAGAGAGCUUUAUACACGGGAUAAACACUAUGUUUUAGAAAUAAGCUACAAAAUAUACAAAUGAGCAGAGAGAAUACAAACUAGUUAAUUAGUUUAAAAAGUUACCGAAGAAACUUUGGAAGUAUAUAAAUGAACAAUCUGAAAAUAAAUCUUCUAACCAAACGAACCACCACUGAACAAAUUUUAAAACUAUUUUAAUCCCUCCAAAAUAUUGGAGUACAGUGUAGUUUCUUAAGGAUCCUACAAUCUUUGUAGUUCAAUAAAAACUUACUUGUAAAGACGCCAGAAAGUCAACUUCAUUCAUUUCCAUGUAAUAUAGGUAGAAGACGGUGAACGAGUCAAGUUAAAUAAUGUUUAUCCUAUUUAUUAAUAAGUAUUUUUUUCUUAAAGGGGAUAAUUGCUAUUAUUGGAUCUUCAUUACAAAUAAAACAAUCAACAACUAUUUGCAGAAUAUUUGCAAAUCAUGAGUCAAUUGUGCAGAAACAGUCUGAAAAUGACAACAAUAACAUAACCCAUAUAACUUUUGUUUGAAACAGCAUAUGCUUUUAAUAUAAAUGGGGCUACUGGUUAGUCCAUGAUUGUCUGUGACACAACCUGAAAUUAAGUUGUUAACUUAUUCUUAAUAAAUCUAUAUUAGCCAUUAAGCAUUUUCGAAAGCUUUUUGAUAAUAUUUUAACAAGACAGUCGUUUAAAAUAUUAGGCCAAUGAUUUAACCUAUAUCAUGCUAUUGGUCCCAAAUAUCGGGCUAUGAUUUUUGUCCUAGUAUUGAAUAUAAACAGAAUCCUUUUAGCAUGAAGCAUCUUUAUGUUAAUAUUUGUACUAAUACAUGUGUGGUAUUUGGAGAAUGUGAAAGAAUGCUAUUGUUAUUAAUCUUAUGUUAUCAAUUGUAACAGAUAAGUUUGCAAAUUGUUACUAUUUACCACGAAAAAUGUUGUGUAAUGUUUUCAGGCUUAAAAUACAGUUGUCUGAAAUUGAUGUGGUACACAUUGUGUUAUUAAUGUUCGGCUUUUGGUAUAUAUGUAUAGUUUAUGACAUUGGUAAUGUAAUUAUAUAUAAGCAGAAAUUUAAAUGUUUAAUCAAUAUUGGGUCGAAUCUGCGAGCAGUUCAAACAGUCAGUUUUCUUAGCAUAUGCUUUCUUUGAAUUAUUUUACUUUUGAACGUUUCCCAAAGAAAACCAAUAUUUAUGUAAAAAUCUACAGAAACAAAACUCGGAAAACACUAACGGCGAUAUGAAUUCGUCUUUAUGUUUUUUGUCAAAAGGCUUCAGACUAUCGAAUCAAUAACGUCUUGUGAUUUAACUAUAUUUUCAGAUAAGAAAGAUUGAACGAAAAUAUGAAAAAAGUUUCAAAAUUUACUUCAUAGUUUCUAAAGUGUGAUUUUUCUUUCUCAAAAUCAAAGCGAGAAACACAAAGUUACAAUACAUUUUUGACGGGAUAUUGUCAAUCAUUUUGGAACGUUACCCCAUUCCAAUAUCCUGUAAAUGUUUUUCGAGCUAUAUUUUUAAAACAUCUUCUUUUAAAACAUUGUAAACUUUUUAAACUACUGAACUUGCCUGCAAUAAAAUGCACAUGUUAUGCUUGUAAAAGAUUGAA